AUGUACGCGAGGUACAUUCCACCUGCAAAGCCUGCGGGCACGCCAAAGGCGGCAGCAUCUUCGCAGCCCCCCAUACCGAGCCCAACGCCUGCCGCCACGCCGCAAGCUGUGGGCGCCCCGGGCUUCAGCUAUGCUCGGUACGUGCCUGGAGCCAAUGCCAGUCCGAAGCCGCCUGUGCCACCAGCCGUGCACUACUUCGAUGACGAGGAGCCCACGUCGUCCAGCGUCAAGCGAAAGCGCACUGUUGAUGAGGAGGGGCAAACAGAGUCCUCCGCCAAGAAAUCCAAGAAGACGCAGAAAGACGAGGAGUCACAGGGGCGCGAUGCCAAUGGCGUCAGCAGUUCGAAAGACGACGAUGCAGAAGGCACGAAAUCGCCGAAGGUGACCAAUAGUGGAAAGGCAAAAAAGGGGAAGAAAGAGAAGAAGCAAAAUGAGCUUGAUAACGACAUGGAAAUUGAGGAUCCAAAAUCGACAUUAAAUGGCGACACCAGCCCCGCAGAGCAAAACAGCGCCGGCGAGGAGCUCGUCGAGUCCAAGGCAGAGCGCAAAGCGAAGAAGGGGAAGAAAUCGGACGCCAGCAAAAGCGACAAGCAACAAGAUCGGGACGAGGUCAUUGAGGAUCCAUCCGAACCGAUCGUACAAGAGGAUCAGCCAAUGGUCGACGCUCCGAAUGACACUACAGAGCCUGCCUCGGGCAAGAAGGAGAAGCGGAAAAGGGAGAAGAAGAAGAAGAAGGCGAAGUUGGAGAAGGGGGACACGGUAGAGAAAACCGACAAACGACACAAGACAGUGCUGGAGCGCAAAACCAAAUCGCUGAAGCUGGCUGACAAGUUUGCUGCUGAGGCGGUAUCAGAGUCGGAAGAGGAGCCAGAAGAGGUGCACGAUCUCGAGCCGUUGCCUCAACCGAAGCUUGUAUCUGUGGAGACACCCAACCCAACAUACGAGACGCUGCCUGGAUGGCUGGCUGAUCCCAUUCGCGUGGCUGAGGAUACAAGGACUCCUUUCUCGGAGCUCGGUCUCCUUCCCAAGACUGCGCGCGUGCUGGAGGAGAAGGGGUUCCCGGAUGCCUUUGCCGUCCAGACAAAGGCGAUCCCAUUGUUACUGCCGACUAGCAAGCAACGGCCCGGCGACCUGCUGAUUUCUGCGGCAACCGGAUCCGGAAAGACACUGGCAUACGCUUUGCCGAUUGUCAGGGAUAUCAGUCAAGGCCUCGUCACCAGGCUCAGAGCGCUCGUUGUGCUUCCCACGCGAGAGCUGGUCAAGCAGGCGCAGGAUGUCUUUGAGCUCUGCGCCAAGGCGUACGAAGGCGGCAACCGCAAGCGAGUCCGCAUCGGCGUCGCCAUAGGCAGUCAGACCCUCAAGUCAGAGCAAGCGCAUCUAAUGGAGCAGCAAUCACGAUAUGACCCGGAAGCCUACAAGCGCAUACAGCAAGAAAGGCAAGGAGAUCUGUCCGAUGUUACGCAUCUAUCAAAUCUCGACCCUGAUGAGACAGAUCCACGGCUGGGUCCUUGGGAAGGGGAGGUGGUCGACUUCUUCUCCAAGGUGGACGUACUUAUUUGCACACCCGGACGCUUAGUCGAGCACCUGGAGCAGACACCAGGCUUCGAUCUUGAUUAUGUUCGCUGGCUCGUUGUCGAUGAAGCUGAUAAGCUGCUGGCCCAGAGCUUCCAGGGGUGGCUGGACGUGGUCCUGGAAAAGUUCAAGACCUCAAAGUUCACUGCGCGCGAGUUCCCGGACAUGGAUCUGGAAGGCGUGCGCAAGGUCAUUCUUAGCGCCACAUUGACACGCGAUCUCAGCCUGCUCAACCAGCUUGCGCUGCGGCGACCACAGUUGAUUGUGCUGGAGAGCGAGGGCGACGCGCUGAUUGCGGAACACGCGCUGCCCGCCUUGCUGGAGGAGUUUGCCAUCCGUGUGCACAACACCAACCUGAAACCGCUGUACCUGCUGGAGCUGCUCAAGGCUGGUCACAUGAAGAGCGCUGGCGCUGCGCCGAGCAACAACGAUGCCGCCGCAGACGAUGGCUCGGACACCUCGUCAGACGAGUCUGAUGACAGCUCCUCAGCAGACGACACGAGCUCUGACGACGACUCGGAUUCCGACUCGGACGCAGAACCAAAGCCGUCCAAGUACCAGCUCAAAAAGUCGACGCUCCCCGUGUCCCUCAUUUUCACAAAGUCCAACGAGGCAGCUCUUCGUCUCUCACGACUCCUCACUCUACUCGACCCAUCACUAUCACCGCACAUCAGCACCCUCACGUCAACAACGCCCACCAACGUCCGACGCAAGACCCUACGCGCGUUCACGACACCCUCGUCACCGAUCCGCAUCGUCAUCGCCUCCGACUUGGUCGCCCGUGGUAUCGAUCUACCCAAGCUCGAGCACGUCAUCAACUACGACCUGCCCCCGAGCGCGGCAGGCUACGUGCAUCGUGUCGGACGUACCGCCCGUGCGGGCCGCGCCGGUCGGGCGUGGACGCUCGUCGGCGACGACGAGAGUGGUUGGUUCUGGGGCAAGAUCGCCAAGGGGGCGGGCAUCAGGCGUGCGCAAAAAGUCGGCCGCGUCCGGAUUGAGGAAAUGGGCGAGGAGAGGGUGGCGAAUUACGAGGCUGCAUUGGAGAAACUUGGACAGGAAGCGAUGGAUGCCCGAAAGCGAUGA